AUGGUCAGCUCCUGCUGUGGCUCCGUCUGCUCUGACCAGGGCUGUGGCCAAGAGACCUGCUGCCAACCCAGCUGCUGCCAGACCACCUGCUGCAGGACCACCUGCUGUCGCCCCAGCUGCUGCGUGUCCAGCUGCUGCCGUCCCAGCUGCUGUGUGUCCAGCUGCUGCCGUCCCAGCUGCUGUGUGUCCAGCUGCUGCAAGCCCCAGUGCUGCCAGACCACCUGCUGCCGCCCCAGCUGCUGCAUCUCCAGCUGCUGCAAACCCCAGUGCUGCCAGACCACCUGCUGCCGCCCCAGCUGCUGCGUGUCCAGCUGCUGCCGUCCCAGCUGCUGUGUGUCCAGCUGCUGCAAGCCCCAGUGCUGCCAGACCACCUGCUGCAGGACCACCUGCUGUCGCCCCAGCUGCUGCAUCUCCAGCUGCUGCCGCCCCAGCUGCUGUGUGUCCAGCUGCUGCAGGCCCCAGUGCUGCCAGUCCCUGUGCUGCCAGCCCAGCUGCUGCCGCCCCUGCUGCUGCCUGCGUCCAGUCUGUGGCCGAGUCUCCUGCCACACCACCUGCUAUCGCCCAACCUGCGUCAUCUCCACCUGCCCCCAGCCCCUGUGCUGCGCCUCCUCUUGCUGCUGA